AUGUCCGAGAAGCGUCCGUUUCCCGGCGACGGCCUAGACGACGGUCAUGAUUCAAAACGCCCUCGAUCAGCCCAGGCAUCACCAGCGCCGGACAACGAUGUCGAGCGUAAAAGGCGCGAAGUCGCUGAGCGCAUCGCCGCUAUGAAGGCUCGCAUGUCAAACAAGGGAGCCGCCGCCGCUCCUCCAUCAUCCUCCGCGACCGAUAUGCAAGCGCGUAUUGCUGCCAUGAAAGCUCGUCUGCAAGGCAAUGCCGCUCCAGCGUCGCCCUCUCCUGCUCCUGCGCCUGCCUCUCCUUCUCCCGCACCUUCUUCCGAGGACGCCAGAAAGGCACAAAUUCAAGCCCAACUUGCUGCCAUCAAGGCCAGACAACCACCCCAAACCGAUAUCCCCACCCGUCCUGCCGCUCAUACCGCUCAUACUCCUGGACUCGCUCCCUCUCCACCGGUCCGCGAUGAUACUGCUGCACGAGCAAGAGGUGGCCUCAAUGUUGGUUUGCAUCCCAGUCUCUUAGGUGGUCCUACAAGGUCUGGAAACAACAAAAAGCAAAAGGAUGAACCUGCAAAACACAACCCUUAUCUAGCUGGCGACGACCAGCAGUUGCAGAAUGAACCAUUCUACGACCCGUCGUUGCAGAAACAGAAGGACCGCAAGUCUAAACAGCUGCUCUUCAAUCAGAAGGGUAAAUUCAUGGCACAGGCUGAAGCUCUACGGCAACAGGCAAGAAUUGAACAGAUGGCCAAAGAAAUGCAAGAGCAGGCACGGAAACAAGCUAUUGAAGAAGCCACAGAGAAGUCUUUCCUGGUUCCUGCUCCGCCAGAGAUCGAAUGGUGGGAUGAAGGUCUCGUGACCGGCGGCAACUACGAAAACCUCGAGGCUCCAGACAAGAUCAACAUGGAAGUCAUCACCAAAUACGUACAACAUCCUGUUUUACUUUCUGCUCCUCAAGACGCCAACGUACCGGCUCCGAAAGCCAUGUAUCUCACAAAGCAAGAGCAGAAGAAGGUUCGACGACAACGCCGUAUGGCAGAUCACAAAGAGGAGCAGGCGAAGAUCAGACUUGGCCUCAAAGCGCCACCACCGCCUAAGGUCAAGAAAUCAAAUCUUAUGCGUGUAUUAGGAAAUGAGGCCGUCAAGGAUCCUACUGCAGUUGAAGCUCGUCAGCGCCUUGAGAAGCUGGCUGCUCAACAAGAAGCUGAUGCCACUCUCGGCAUGAGGGUAUUAGUCUUCAAGAUCGACAAUCUAAGUUACGGAAAACACCGUUUCCAAACCAACAAGAACGCCGAGCAGCAAGCCUUGACAGGCAUCACCAUUUUCCACCCAAAGAUGAAUCUAGUGAUAGUCGAAGGCGGCACCCACAGCAUCAACGCAUACAAGAAACUCAUGCUCAACCGUGUCAAAUGGACCGAAAACGCCAUGCCACAAAGCGUGCGCGAGGGCAACUCAGAAGCCAAUGCUGCAUGGCUGAACGCAUUCGACGAGGAUGGCAAGCUCAAGGACAACACGUUCAACAGAUGUCAGCUUGUCUUUGAGGGCGAGGAGAAGCAACGGGCCUUUAAGCGCUGGAUGCCAUACAAGGCCUGCGAGACGGAUGGCGAAGCAAAAGAUGUGCUGAGCAGGUACAAGAUGGAAAACAUGUGGACGUUGGCACAGUCUCCAGCGUUCCAGUAA